CUACAGUCAUAUCUGAUUAAGAUCAUAACAUGGUGCCUCAACCUCAUCAAAUAUAAAACAGGUGAGAUUAUGAAAAAAAAAAAGUUUUGUCAGAUUUUAGUGACAAAGUAGCUAACAGCUAAGUGCUCUCAUGUCUCUUCAUUGAGCAGAGCAGCCCAAGUGGAGCCGUUGCUAUGGAUACACACAGACUCAGAGCCGCCAGCGGAGCGCAUGCAGACUGAGCUGUGCGCAGGGAGCGAGUGAUAAACAGAGAGGAGCAGCUAAUGGGUUUACUAACAGAGUGUUUCAUGUGAGCCUGGUAUGAUCUGUCCUCAGUACUAUUUACACUGGAAGAAGAAAGGUUUGUGAAACAGCUACCAAAAUGUUGUAACUGCCUGCCCAUUGGCAGAUGGUAUCCUUAUUCGACUUGGCUUCCUUUGGGAGAGGCUAACUGUGUGGCAGUAUGUCAGAUGGGAACGAGUCCUGCAUGUUCAGAGAUGGAGCCGAGUUUGUGGCCUGCAUCUUUCACGCAUUUGAGGAAUGGUCAGGACUAGGACCCCUGGAAGACUAUCUGAGCUAUCUGGAGUACCUGGCCUGGGUUUUCACCCCUCUGGUCGUUGUUUUCAUCCUGCCCUUCCUCAUUGUGAUCCUCCUCUACCUCUCCAUACUCUUUCUCCAUGUGUACAAACACAAGAACCAGCUCAGGGAGGCCUACUCCAACAACCUGUGGGAUGGUGCUAGGAAAACUCUGGCAACGUUGUGGGAUGGCCACGGGUUCAUAUGGCACGGAUAUGAAAUCCAUGGCAUGGAGAAGAUUCCAGAUGAAGGAGCAGCUCUUAUAGUCUAUUAUCAUGGGGCUAUUCCCAUCGACUAUUAUUACUUUCUGGCAAAUGUCAUCAUUCAGAAGGGACGGAUUGUUCACUCAGUCGCUGAUCACUUUCUGUUCAAAGUUCCAGGGUUCAAGCUGCUGUUGGAGGUGUUUAGUGUGAUCCAUGGGCCCCAGCAAGAGUGUGUAAAGGCACUGAAAAGUGGCCACCUCCUGGGCAUCUCACCUGGAGGCGUGAGGGAGGCGCUCCUCAGUGACGAGGCCUAUCAACUGCUCUGGGGGAAGAGAAAGGGUUUCGCACAAGUGGCUAUCGAUUCCAAAGUGCCAAUAAUUCCCAUGUUUACUCAAAACGUCAGGGAAGGAUUCCGAUCUCUCGGCGGGUUAAGCUUUUUCAGAUGGUCGUAUGAAAAAUUCCGCGUGCCGAUGGCCCCCGUCUAUGGGGGUUUUCCUGUGAAGUUUCGUACAUACUUAGGUGACCCCAUCCCAUAUGACCCUAACAUUAGUGCAGCAGAGUUAGCUGAAAAGACCAAUCAAGCAGUUCAAGCACUCAUUGACAGACACCAAAUUAUUCCUGGGAAUGUCCUUCGAGCACUACUAGAGCGAUUCCACAGGAGGCAUAAAGAAAAAUAGCCAUAAGGAAUAUCAUUUUUUUGUUGUUAUAUGAAGCAGUUACAUAUUUUUUAAGACACUGUUACAUAUUGAAAGUAUUAUCAUGUGAUCUGUUGAAUGGUUAACUACAGAUGUGCAUCUUAAUUUGAGCCAGUCUCCUAUAGCAGGAAAAUAAUCCUGUAGAUUAUAAUUAAUGGACAUUUUUGUAGUGGUUGAUAAAUUUUUCAUAAGGAAAAUCAAAGUGGAAAUUACAAACUUCAGAAGCCUUUUUAACCUCAAAUACACUACAAACUUCUCCUACAAUAGGCUGAUCAAAUUAAGGUCCUGCACCUAUACAUUAUUAUUGUAGGUGUACUUUCAGGAGCUUUUUGCACUCAGAUUUUGUCACAAAACAAUAUGUACCGAAGGUAAAUUGUUAUGGUAUAAUACACCGUAAUUGGUUAAUGUCAAAUGUGCAUAUUGAAAUUGUAUAGUGUUUUUUUGUGCACGUAUGUAGAUACUUUGAUUCCACAAUUGAUUUGCACACAUUGUUCUAAGUUCCACCACUGCCAACAAUUUAUAUUUAAGAGGCCUUUAUUUUGAUUAAUAACUGCAAAUAUUGAAACGAUAUAGCAAUUGCUAUAUAAGAAGCAAUAUAGGUAUGAAGACCGGGCAGCUUUAUUUCCUUUCACCUGGGUAAAAUGUUUGACAUUUUAUUUAAAUAAUUUUGUAAUUUCCCCCCAAAAAUGUAUUGUGGAAUUAUGUAAGUAUGUACUGUAGUUGUAGCCUAUGCACCUUUUAAAAAUCUAUUGAGGUCCAUUAUGAAACAGGACAGAAAUGAUUUGUAAUGUUAAAAUAAAUAUAUAUUUUAUUAUGAG